UAGUGCUAGAAUUAGUUGACCGUCGGAUAUCGUCAUGAGCGGGUGUUGAACAACAUGAAAAUAGCUCGAGUUGUCGUCGUGUUGUUAGCGUUUGUUCUAUGCAAGCGUUCAACACAAGCGGAAAAUAUUCUAGGAAUAUUCUCAUACACUUUUAGUACCCCCUAUAAAGUGGUUAUACCUUAUAUCAAAGCCCUAGUACUCAACGGACAUAAUGUGACAAUUAUCUCAUCAAUAAGUUUUCUACCAGACAUCGAGAAUGUGCGCCACAUUCGUGUUGGAGCUCUAGAUCGACUCAGAGAAAUUGUCCUGACGUUUGAUAUUACAGAGUGGUCUAACAGCAAGUGGAAGGAAUCUUUGGUAAUCUGUAAAUUUCAUUACAAUAUGUCGCACGGUAUACUCAGCGAUUCAGGAGUGCAAUCGUUGAUGCAAAAUAAAUCCGAGCACUUCGACAUGAUCGUCGUAGAGCCAACGCAUUCAGACGCUCUCAUCGGCUUCGCAGAGCACUUUAAUGCUUCUAUGGUUGGUUUAUCGACUCUUGGAUUCUCUUGGUUGACUGAUCAUCUAGCUGGUAACUCGGCACCAAGUGUUUACAAGCCCGUUAAGCCAUUGGGCUAUUCUUAUGGGAAUUCGCUGUUGGACAAAUGGAACAAUUGGAUUUACAUAGCCGAGGAAUGGAUGAUCGAUAGAUUGCUUAUUUUACCUGGACAGGUUGAACUUUUUUACACAGUUCUUUCAACUUCCAUCGUCACGUUUAUUCGAGCGACGAACUUCUUACUCACUUAUGAUGAUUAAUACGCACUUCAGCCUCGGUCGUGUUCGAUCCAAUGUGCCCAAUGUUAUCGAGGUGGCCGGUUUACAUAUGGCAGAGCCUAGUGAACCACUUGAGCCAGAGUUGCUGGACUUUGUGAAUGGAGCGGAGCACGGCGUCAUUUACUUUUCCAUGGGCAUGGAGAUUCUUACCGCAUGGCUGCCCAAAACCAUGAAACAAAAGAUGCUCCAGACAUUUUCACAGCUAAAGCAGCGAGUCGUGUGGAAGCACGAUGUGCACACAAUGCCUAACAAGUCGGAUAACGUCUACUUGACUUCCUUAGCACCUCAGCGUCAGCUGUUGGAACAUCCCAACAUGAAGCUCUUCAUCACAAACGGCGGUCUCCUUAGCACCAUCGAAUCAAUAUACUCGGGAGUCCCCAUGUUGGGCAUGCCCAUCUAUUUCGAUCAGUUUGAUAAUGUGGAACGUAUGGUGAAGGUAGGCAUAGCUCGUAAGCUGGAUAUUAACAAGCUCACAGACGAGCAGUUGAUGAACAAUAUAAAGGAACUGCUAGAGAAUCCAAUUUACACGCUCAAGGCCAAGGAGAUGUCCAAGCGGUUCCGGGAUCAACCCUCAAGUCCCAUUGAGACAGCCAUCUGGUGGACAGAAUACGUACUAAGGCACAAGGGAGCUCCUCACAUGCGAAUGACGGAUCAGGACAUGGCCUUUGUGCCUUAUUAUAAACUCAACAUAUUCUCGGUACUGUUCAGUCGCAUUGCGUUCUCUGCGUUCGUUGUCCUCCUCGUCUGCAUUAUUGUUGUGAACUUCUUUUUAAAGGAGUUUCAAAGAAACGCUGAGACGCCUUCAGUGUUUUACCCAUCUAAUUGAAAAAUAAAAGAGUGAGUUAAUCGUUAGA